AGAGGACUGCAAGCGGAGUUUAGGUAUGAGAAAUGAGUGUUGGAAGGAGAAGAUUAAAACUGGUGGGGAUACUAGCAAUGGUGAAUCUCUUCAUCUAUUUUAUAGUGGAAGUAUCAAGAAGCGACAGCCAAGACAAAAAUGGAGACGGACAAAUUGUGAUACCAAGUGGUAAAUUCUGGAAAAAACGCUCUGCCAGUAAUGCUUAUUGGAAUAGAGAACAGCAAAAGCUAGACAGAUUGUAUAACCCAAUCUUAAAUUUGCUUAAUAAUGCUACUGUGGAAGAAAUGGUAGCUUCCAAUGCAAGCGCGUUGAACUCCUGUGACCUGGAUACAAGUGUCCGAGCAGAAUUAAAAGAUUUUGAGCAACUGCCAGACCGAUUCAGAGAUUUCUUUUAUUAUUUAAAAUGUAAAAAUUACUCUCUGUUGUUGGACCAACCAAACAAGUGUGCAGACAAGCCUUUUCUUCUCUUGGCCAUAAAAUCUUUAAUUCCACAGUUUGAUAGAAGGCAGGCCAUAAGAGAAUCUUGGGGGAAGGAAAUGAAAAUCAACAACAUGACCGUUGUAAGAGUCUUUCUCUUGGGAGAGACCCCACCAGAAGACAACUACCCUGAUCUUUCAGGCAUGGUGAGAUAUGAAAGCGAGAUGCAUAAGGACAUACUUCUGUGGAACUACAAGGACUCCUUCUUUAAUUUAACGCUGAAAGAAGUUCUCUUUCUCAGGUGGGCUAGCCAUUCUUGUUCUAAUGCCCAGUUUAUCUUUAAAGGAGAUGAUGACGUUUUUGUGAACACUCCUCUGAUCCUGGAUUACUUGAAAACGCUGUCCCCGGAAAAAGCCAAAGAUUUAUUUAUAGGCGAUGUGAUAAAGGAUGCUGGACCUCACAGAGAAAAGACUUUGAAAUACUACAUUCCCGAAAGUAUAUAUAUAGGCUCUUACCCUCCGUAUGCAGGUGGUGGUGGUUUCCUAUACUCUGGCUCUAUAGCACAGCGACUGUACAAUGCUACUUCUAAAGUUCUGCUAUAUCCCAUUGAUGAUGUGUACACUGGAAUGUGCCUCGAAAAGCUUGGCAUUGCCCCAGAAAAACACAAAGGCUUCAAGACAUUUGAUAUUGACGAGAAACAGAAGAAAAGCAUUUGCUCCUACACAAACAUAAUGUUAGUACAUCCUAGGAAGCCUCAAGAAAUUAUUAAGAUUUGGUCUAUGCUGCAAGACUCUCGGUUAAACUGUUAGCAUGGAUAAAUGACGUGCCUCUGGAAGAAAUCCUGUAUUUGCACUGCAGAUGUUGGGGGGAGCUUGUGCCGAUAGCACAUGUCUUUGCCAAUCUGAAUGUUUCCCAAGACUUCUGACUGCUUUUUGUUCAGCGUCUUCUCUUUCCUUAUGUAAACAAUAUCUGUACAUAAAUACGUGCGUGUGUGCGCUAGAGAUGGAAAAACAUGUCCCCUAUUGUACAACAUAAAUCUAUUCCAAUUCACGGUGAAGUUCAAUGACCAUAUAGAAGCAUAAAGCUGCACGUUGUAGUGCUUUAAUACAGGCCGUGGAAUUAUUCGUAUUUGACAACAGGGAAUACAUUACAAGUCAUGUGACAUGAUGACCUCACUAAGCACCCAGUCUAAAAGAUGACAUCACUAAGCAUUGUUUAGAACGAUGCAUUUUACAGGUUAUUCAUUUACAUACACAUAUAUCAUUUUAACCUUUAAAUAUUACUAUUUGAACAGGCAGUCGUAAAGUUAUGUUCCGAGUUCUUGUAUGAUCUUAUGUUUCAACAUGUUCAUAGUUUUUUUUUUGUCAUGUUGUUUU